CUGAAGCCAAGAGGCCAGACGCCCAAGUGUGAGAUAAAUUGAUCUCCACUAAAAUAUCUAAAGUUGCUCACUUUAAAUUAUGAUGUCUUUAUUGCAAGUACUGGGAAGAUAUUCUAAGGUAUUCACCAAGGUCAUUAACAUCAAACCUUAUCUGCUCCUACAAUGACUUCCUCCCCUCUGCAACUCUCUCCUCAUCUCAAUCCCAGUCUCAAACCACACCCUACCAAAAUCCUUCCCCACUUCACCUCAUCCCCAAGGAAAUUCCACCUAACAAAAUGCAUCAACCCCCCUCAAACUGACCCUCCCAUUUCAAAGCCAGAAGACCCACCACAACCUCAAAAUCUCUCUCUGCAAAACCCACCUAUGCCAACACCAGAAGACCCCAAGCCACAAAACCUCUCACUAGGAAAACCACCCAAAAAUUCGAUUAUUACUCGAAAUAAAUCAACAGCCUUAGAAAAGCCUGAGCCCCCAAAUUUUGAGAUCGGAUGGAAAAGAACCAAACAGAUUCCUCUAGACAAACCCAAAGGAGCCGUGAUUGCUGAUUUUUUGGACAAAUUAGAGGGGCUGAUGGGUCGGCGUUACGGGACUACGGAGCUUUUGGCGAAGGCAGGUUACAUAGUUGCAGAGAGAGUCAGAGAAGAGGCUGAUAUAUUAAGAGAGAAAGGAGAGGUGGAAGAGAGAUUGAUCACAGAGUUGAAGAGGGUGUUGAGGUUGAUGGAGAUGGACUUGGAAUUGAUCAAGGCUGCUGUUAAACAGGAAACAUUGGCUCAGAGGCUUGAACAGGCUAAGGCUAGGUGCAGGCAAGCUAUACUUGUUGCCAAUUCUUUCUAACAAUCAAUGUUAUCUAAUCUUUAAUGUGAUUUUGUUUUUUGGGGUGAGGAGAAAAAUAAAUGAGCAACCAAGGGUAGCACCACGUUACUUUUCAGGGCCUUGGUUAAGUCCAACAAGUCUCUUUAUCGGUAUUUGUGUCUGAGGGAGAACUCUAUGCACGUUGAAAUGCUUUCUUGUCUUUGAGUAAUUUGAGCCUUAAAACAAGACUCUCCAUACAUAAAUUCCUUGUACUUGUUAAACUGUAUCAGAAGUAUUUGGUGGUCCUGCAGCCAAAAUAUUUAUUUUGAA